CCAGUGACGUCAUGCGGAGUUCCGGCUCUCCUGCACGUCGCCCCUCCUCUUCCGACUCGUGGUACAACAUGGCGCAGGGACAGCGUAAGUUUCAGGCGCAGAAACCUAAAAGCAAGGCUGCAGCUGCGGAGCGGAGCCGAGGGCUGAGGAAAGGCGGUCGAGUCAUCGCUCCCAAGAAGGCGCGCGUCGUGCAGCAGCAAAAGCUGAAGAAGAGCUUGGAAGUGGGGAUCCGGAAGAAGAUUGAGCAUGACGUGGUGAUGAAGGCCAACUCUAGCCUGCCUAAGAAGCUUACACUGCUGAAGGGUGCAUCAAAGAAGACAGGGGCCACCACCUCCAACAAGACACCAUCCUAAAGGCACUGGGACUUUGCACGUGACCCCACAGGCUGGCCGGACCUGAAGAGGACCCUGUUCCAGUUCUGAUGGCACCUGGGACAGCAAUGGGCAGGUGAUGAUAAAGCUGGAAGCUUCCUAGUCCUGAAGAGGCACUCGACUUCCUGUGGGUGACACGUUGUAAUGAGCCUGGCUCUGUUGUCCUGCCAGCUCUCAAACAGUUCAAUUGAGAGGCCAUUUGGAGGCUAGGUGAGCCUCACUGGUCUCCACAAGAAACUUCUCCCGCCCAUGCAGUGCCCUUGACAGCCACAGGCCCCAGAACGAGCGAUGACAUCUAUACCUGUAGCUGGCAGCUGGGAAUUGUCUCUUCCCCGGGUCACUCCAGUCACCUAGUGUUGUCACUGUCCUGUAAAUAAAGAAAGGUUCCAUAUCUUCA